CUCUCACCCCGCCGCGAGAGAGGGCAAAGGGCAAGGGCCGGAGCGGAAGCAGGAGGGAAGCGGGGCGGAGGCAGGAGGAUGGCCGCUGAGCUUUACCUUCGGUAGACUUUCAUUUACCCUCCCAGAAGGCAGCCCAAAAGAGGAGGUAGACAAGGAGGGGGUAGGGGGUAGGUUAGGCCAGGCCCCGCUACGGAGUUCCCGGAAGGGGCGGGUACCGCUCUUCCGGCGCGCGAGCUCACUGAGUCUAAGUUGGUCCCUUUUUCCCCCGCGUCCCGGGACCUUUCUCGUUCCUCGGCGCGCCGGCGCACACGUCACUUCCGGGAAGGCGCGCGAGUGGUGGGAAAGACUAGAAGAGAACCAGACUACAGGAAGUUUUCUCAAGAAGAGGACUUCUGAACAAUGGCGGUUUUUGAUUCUCCCCAGGAAGCAUUUGGCAUUUUACGCCCAGUUUGUAUUCAGCUCACAAAGACACAGACAGUGGAGAAUGUGGAACGCCUUCAGUCAAAACUGCAUGUUGUGAGUGAUUCUGCUCUUCAAGACCUUCAAGAAUACGUCCUCUUUCCCUUGAGAUUUGCCCUCAAGACUCCAGGCACCAAAAGAGAGAGCCUGGUCCAGAGUAUAGUAGAAUGUAUCACAUUUGUCCUUUCUACAACAUGUAUAAAGAAACAGGACCUCCUUCAAGAACUUUUUUCAGAACUCUGCCUUUGCCUGUCUUCUCCCAAUUCCCAACAAUCAGCACCUGUUUCAGAAGAAUUAAAAUUGGCUGUGGUCCAGGGACUCCAUACGUUAAUGCAUUCAGCCUAUGGGGAUAUAAUCCUCAGCUUGUAUCAACCUUGCACUCUUCCCCACUUAGGAUUUGCUAUAUCUUUAUUGUUAACUCUAGCAGAACAGGAGAAAUCAAAGCAAAUUAAAACUUCUGCCUUAAAGUGUUUACAAGUUCUUCUCCUACAGUGUGACUGCCAGGACCAUCCUAAGUUGUUAGAUGACAUUGAGACAAAACAACUUGGAGAUUUGUUAGCUUCUUUUUUGCCUGGGAUCUCAACUGCAUUGACCAGGAUUAUCACAGGAGACUUUAAACAAGGUCAUGUGAUCAUUAUAUCUGCCUUAAAAGUCUUUUAUAAGACAGUUGGCUUCAUUAUGGCUGAUGAACAAUUAGCAAGAAUUCCAAAAGAUAAAGAGAAACCUUCUGUUGAACACAGGAUAGCAGAACUUAUGGUCCAUAGAGAUGCAAAUUGGGUUAAAAAUACUGGAGAUAAGUUGGCGGCCCUUAUUGAAAAAAUAGUUGAAUUUGUUUCAGUUCACCCACACUGGAAGGCAAGGAUGGAACUGAUAGAACUUGUCCAGGAUCUUCUUAUGAAGUGUAGACAAUCCUUGUUGAAAUCUGUUGGCCACCUUUUGAAGGUUUUGGUGGGUUUGGUAAAUGAUGAGAAUCCUGAUGUCCAAUGCAGAUGCAAUAAUGUUCUCAAGAAUUUCGCAGAUCAGAGGAUAGUUGUUGAGAGCAGGGCACUCACUGACAUUCUGUCAGAAAAUCUUCACUCUCUUGCUACAGCCCUUCCCCGCCUGAUGAGUUCACAGGAUGACCAAGGCAAAUAUUCUACUCUUCUCUUGUUACUUGGUUACCUGAAACUCUUGGGCCCCAAAGUUAACUUUGUUCUCCAUUCUGUGGCCCACCUUCAUCGCCUGUCCAAAGCACUCAUACAAGUGCUGGAACUAGAUGUGACUGAUGUAAAAAUUGUCGAAGAGCGACGCUGGGGCCCUGAUGGAUUGGCUGAAUCUUCCAGUUCAUUGUCAGAGCCACCCUUAUUCAAGAGCAAAAGCCAGAGGAAAUACUUUCGGUUUUUCACAGAUGAGCGAAUUUUCCUGCUAUUGAGGGAGAUAUGUCGGAUGCUUGGUUAUUAUGGGGAUCUCUAUCUGCUUGUGGAUCACUUUACAGAGCUGUACAAUGAGUCUGUCAUUUACAGAAAGCAAGCUGCCAUGAUCCUUAAUGAACUAAUUGCAGGAGCAGCUGGGAUAGAGGUGGAGGUUCUUCAUGAAACUAAUAGCAGAGCAAGUGCGGAAGAACUGAAGGAGAUCAUAACAUCCAUUCUUGAGGAAUACAUAAGCCAGAAAAACUGGUAUUUGGUCACUUCUAACGAAGCUGAGGGAAACAGAGAGGAGUUAACUAUGAAGCAUUCAGACCUUCAGACCAUCACAUCUGGUGUUCACACCUGCCAUCUUGUACCACUUCCAUCAUCUUCAGAGCUUAGUCCCAUUGUCUGUUCUAUGAAUAGCAACAUCUGGCAAAUAUGCAUCCAGUUAGAAGGGAUUGGCUGCUUUGCACAUGCCCUAGGAAUAGAAUUUCGUUUGCUUUUAAUGUCAGCUCUCUACCCAGUGCUUGAAAAAGCUGGAGACAAAACUCUACUUAUUAGUCAGGUGGCUACCGGCACCAUGGUUGACAUUUGUCAUGCCUGUGCCUACGACUCUCCCCGGGACCUGAUCAAUCAUAAUGCUGACUAUUUAGUCAAUGAGAUAUCCUUAAAUCUGCAUCAGAUGUCAUUGUCCUCUCAUACCCCAAUAGUCUUGGAAAUUAUGUUCCAGAACUCAGAUGCUGGCUUGCUUCCUUUGGUGGAAGACGUGAUUCAAGAUGUACUGUUCAGCCUGGACCAGUUUCACGAUGAGAGAGCUGCUUCAUUCCUCAGUGUUCUACGUACAGUGUUGGCAGCCUUAGCCCGUUGGUUCCCAGAGGCCAAAGAUGACAAACAGCUCCAGGAGCAGAAUUUCAGGAAGGAGAAAUAUGAUUUACACCAAGGCUCAGCAACUCUUGGAAAGGGAUUUGCAUUUACCACCCCUGCUGAAGAAAUAGAACAGUUUUUGUUGGACUACCUCAGAAAUAAGGAUGUUGCAGAUGGAAAUGUCUCUGAUGCUGAUAACGAAGAGGAGCAGCCACUGCCUCCUGAGACAGAGAUGAAUGAUGUCUGUCCAGAUGUGGAAGCCUCCCUGCCAGUGCAGACCCAGAUAGCCAAGGAUGUGAUGGAGAGGUGCAUUCACUUGCUGUCUGAUAAAGAUCUGAAGACACGCCUGAAGGUUCUGGAUGUGUUAGAACUGUGUGUGACUGUUCUUCAGUCCCAUGAGAACCAGCUACUUCCCAUGGUGCAUCGGGCCUGGCUGCCACUUGUGCACCGACUUACUAAUGAUGACCCACUGGCUGUUCUCAGAGCCUUUAAGGUGUUAUGCACCUUGGGGAACAAAUGUGGUGAUUUCCUUCGGAAUCGGUUUUGCAAAGACAUCUUGCCGAAGCUGGCUGUCUCCUUGGCCACCCAGGCUCCUGUCAGUGCCAGGGCUGGACCUGUCUACUCCCAUACACUCGCCUUCAAAUUGCAGCUGGCUGUGUUGCAGGGUCUGGGUUCACUUUGCAAGAAACUGGACCUUGGUGGGGGUGACCUGAAUAAAGUGGCAGAUGCCUGCUUGAUUUACCUGAGUGCUAAACAGCCCAUGAAAUUACAAGAGGCUGCCAGGAGCGUGUUCCUCCACUUGAUGAAGGUAGAUCCGGACACGACAUGGUUCAUUCUGAAUGAACUUCACUGCCCUCUUCUGUACGAGCCCCCACACCCCAGCCUCCACCCAGUGAGCCUGAGUGGGAUGGCCAAGCCACGGACAGAGUACACUGACAAUGUGCUCCUCUUGCUAGCUGAGCUGCAGGGUUGAGGGUCUCCUUUGGGAGGCCAAGCAUCCCUGCUCCGCAGGAUGACACAUUUGUGCCAGCUGCUGACUGACUUUCCCUAGGGCCCCUAGGGGCGUGAAGGGAUACCUGUUCUUCUGAAGCUAGCAGGCAUUAGAGCCAUCUCUUCUGCCCCUGAACCGUUGGGCCCUGAGACUGGCAGCCCAGAGGCAGCCUUCAGAGAGAACAUGAAGGGGGAGAUGAGACAGGCCAUCGAUUUAUAAAUUGAUCGAUCACACAACUGCUUAGAAAUUGGAUUGAAGCAAAAUAGCUGACUUGUUAUUUAUAUUUUACACCUUGUGUUUUCAAAUGACAUUGUCAGGCAACUCUUAACAAUUUAACUCUUUGAUAUACCUUAGUCAUUGAGCUGAGCCACAUUCCAAGAGCACAUUGCAGGCCAGGCUGCCCCACUUCAAAUGUUGGUUUGUUUUUUUAAAUAUCUGACAAGGACAAAAUGACCUGCUUUCUCCCGUCUGCGUUUUUGUGUUCUUGAAUGCUUUGUUCAAGUAUUAAAUCCAUGAAAAUGACAGAGUAUACUGACUUUCCAUUACAUAUAUGUGAAAAGCAUUAUCCCUUCUUUCCACCUAAAUAAUGACAUCGAAUCUGUUGGUUUUGUUUUUCAGCACUUUAGAUAUAUAAUAAAGAUGUUGUAAUCAUUCACACUUUGAAGCCUGCUUUUUAACCAAGUAACUUUAAAAAAAACACAGUAGGAAGACAUUUAGGUAGUUUCAGGAGUGCUAGAAAUAAUGUUUUUUCACCUUGUUAAGUGGGUUAAAGAAGACAACAUGGUCUGCCACCAUGGAAGGUGGUACAGAGGAAAAAAUAAUCCCCUAACAGUGAAGAACAUAGAAAAGUUAGGAGUGUUUGGUAUUGGAAUGUUUUAAAAUAUUUUAUUGCUGCCUCUUAAAAAAAAAAAACAACCACCCACCACCACAUUCAUUUC